CCUCUACGUCACGGGCCUCAGCUUCGCGCUCUAGCUGAGGGAGCGCGAUGAGUGAGGCCUACGUGCCGGUGGAAGCGGGCUUCGGCCUCGAGGAGGGUUACCUCUCUUUAGAGGACAUUCUCAUGUCCCAAGAGAGGCUGCCAUGCCGCGCCGAGACCGCCUUGCCGCGACUAGCCGCCGUUCUGGGAAAAGCCGGGGCCGAGCCCCUCGGUUCUGUCCCUGAGGGUACAAAGCUGGAAAUUCCCCUCUGGCUGGCAAAAGGUUUGUAUGACAAUAAGCGGAGGGUUAUUUCUGUGGAACUGCCGAAGAUUUACAAGGAGAGCUGGCGGACGGUGUUCACUGCAGAUGCCAAUGUGGUUGACCUGCAUAAACUGGGGCCCUUUUACUAUGGAUUUGGUUCCCAGUUGUUGAAUUUCGACAGUCCUGAAAAUGCUGAAAUAGCUCAGACCAUAUUGCAGACGUUUAUCGGCCGUUUCCGUCGUAUUAUGGACUCAUCCCAGAAUGCUUACAAUGAAGACACGUCUGCAUUGGUAGCCCGGCUGGAUGAGUUGGAAAGAGUUUUAUUUCGAGUUGGCCAGAAAGGUCUGAAUGACUUCCAGUCCUGGGAAAUGGGUCAGGCCUCUCAGAUCACGGCAUCCAGCCUGGUCCAGAAUUAUCGGAAGAGAAAAUUUACUGACUUGGACAGUUAAAGAGUAUGAAAAACAUGAAACUUUCAUCCAGGAUAGUUCGCCAAGGUUUAUGGUCAGUGUUAAAGGACAUGCAAAUAAACUCAUGAUUAUGCUAUGAAUUAAAAUUCAUUCUGGUAACAUCCUUGAGAUUAGCUCAGAGUAUAUUUCUGAGAAUUCUGCGAUGCAUGUUUGUGUAUGUCUCCUGAGGAUCUAUGGGACCACUUCUGCUUCAUGGUUGUCUGCCUACAAGCAGCACAUAGACCUCCUUGUAGAAUCAUCAGCAUUUUAAUUAUUCUAAUCCAGUUGUGUUUUAAUCUUUAGGGAAGGGAGGUCUAGAAAUGCAAAGGAAAACAACUGAGUUUGAUGUCUCUGGAAAUCAUUUGUGUAAAUUAAUGGGGAAUUCAUUAAACAUCUCUUUUGUUUUAA